UCACGUGUGAGUGGAAGAUAUCGACAAGAAAAUGACAAAGUACAGGUUCAAUUUCUGUUAGAUUCCUGACUUGGAACAUACAAUCUGAAAAGCGAAACAAUGUUUAAUGGAAAUCUAAAUUACAGACUAGGCGUAAACGUCCCGGUUAAUCUACCACAAAUAGUCUCAGACCUUUAGCAGGGAAGGCUACUGCAAGUUUACCAUGUUUUUUGUUACCGGUUGGAGAAGUGCACUCCUCAUAAAUGUAACAAGGCUACAGGUGGAUUAUAUGUUUCCCGUAGUCUUCCGAAAACCCUUCCCAUUUCGAAGACUAUGCAAAAGUGCCAGCUCCGAGGACACUAUCUUCGCGCUGUCGUCAGGUCAAGGCAGGUGUGGAGUGGCUGUAGUUCGGGUCAGUGGACCUGCUUCAGUGGAUGCUCUCCGCAGUAUGGCCGGCUUAACACGACGCCUUCCCGCCCCUCGCACCGCGCUUCUCCGCAGGCUCUUACACCCUCACUCCAAGGAGCUACUGGACCGCGGAUUGGUUCUGUGGUUUCCAGGCCCUCAUAGCUUCACUGGAGAAGACAGUGUAGAGUUUCACAUACAUGGAGGACCUGCUGUUAUUAAUGGCAUCUUGCAAGCCCUCGGAAGUCUCCCCAGGCUGAGGCCUGCAGAGGCCGGAGAAUUCACCCGACGGGCUUUCCAUGCUGGGAAGUUGGACCUGACUGAGGUAGAGGGCAUGGGUGACCUGAUCCAUGCUGAGACAGAGGCUCAGAGAAGGCAAGCACUCCGGCAGAUGGCAGGGGACCUGGGUCAGCUCUAUAAUGACUGGAGUCUACAGCUUAAGCAAAGUUUGGCACAUGUGGAGGCUUUCAUUGACUUCAGUGAGGGUGAUCUCAUAGAGGAUGGAGUCUUAUAUGAAGUGGAUGUGGCUGUAUCCCAAUUGCGGGUGGAAGUAGAGAAGCAUCUGUCUGAUGAGAGGAAGGGGGAGCGACUGCGCAGUGGAGUGCAGGUGGUCAUAGCGGGCUCCACCAACGUGGGCAAGAGCAGCCUGUUCAACAUACUGUGCCAGCGCCCUGCUGCGAUCGUAUCUCCUGUAGCAGGAACAACGCGAGAUGUGGUGGAGACGCCUCUAGACAUCGGUGGCUUUCCUGUCCUGCUGAGUGACACAGCGGGUCUAAGGGAUACGUGCGACUGCGUGGAGAGAGAGGGUGUCCACCGGGCCCGACAGACGGUGGAGCAGGCAGAUCUGACACUGGUGGUGAUUGACACAGCACAACUUCCUCAAGACCUACUAAUGGUGCCUGGUUUGCUGAGCAGGUACCUUAAGAUGGUGCUACCUAACAGAAAGGACGAGCAGUGCCUCUUGGUUCUUAACAAAAGGGACCUCCUCCCUAAAAGUCACAUAGCUGUCAUCCAGAGAGUCCUUCAGCAGAACCCUGGUCUGCCUCCACUCAGUAUCCUGUCAUGCCAUAACAAAGAAGGGCUGGAAGAUUUCCUGACACUACUGCAGGAUAGAAUUAAAACAUUGUGCGGAGACCCACUGGCGAGCAGCCCAAGUUUAACUCAGACUCGCCAUCGAACUCAUCUGCAAAAGUGUGUUGAUGCCUUGGCUCAGUACUAUCAGUACAGGGACACUGACCUGGCACUAGCAGCAGAGGGCCUGCGCUCAGGCCUCACCAGCUUGGGCCGGAUAACUGGCAAGGUGGGCGCUGAAGAAAUCUUGGAUGUGAUUUUUAGAGAUUUCUGCAUCGGGAAAUAAUGUAUUGUGUGACUGGUGAAUGUUCACAGGAGUAUCCAUGGUGUGAUUGUGUGUUUUGGAAUUAUUGCAACUGCCCCAUUUAGAAAUCUAGAUUGUUUAGGAUUUCAUUAACCUAAGGAACUCCACCAAUGUCCUUGAUUUUGUCUGAGAGAUCAAUGCUGCAAGACACGUUUAUGAUUAGUUUUGAAUAUAUUUGAAGUACUGGAGAUGAAUUUAAGCAAGCAAAGAAAGGAAUAUAAAAAAAAAUACCAGUGUUUAUAAGUGAAAAUUAUACAGCAACCCAUACAGAAAUCUUAAUCAAUUCCUUUUGUGUCAGAUAACUCGAAGUGAUUGUGUAUUGUUCUAAAAUUUCUUUUGGGAGAGCACUUUUUUUUUUGGGAUGUGCCUUACGUUAAAGCACUGAACGCAAUGGACAACCUCUCAGGAAGGAGAUGGUCUAAUGGUAGUCCCAUACUGGGCUUUGUUCUCCUGUCAAUCUGACCUUCAUUUAAAUAUUUAUGAUCCUUUAUUGAACUUUUCACCCCUCUGAUGGUGUUGCCUUGUGUGCAAGCAAAAAGGAGCUAGAUACAGCGUGCCCUACACGUACUCCUUCCUACUAUUCAUCGCAAUGACGUCACGACGCGCGCGGCCCUCCGCUUGAGUCACAAGGGUUAGAAAGGUCCCACUAAUCACACUGAAUCACAGCAUGUUCUGCUAGCAAAGCAUGCAGUGUACUCUGAUUCACCGAGCAGAUGGCCUCCUCAGUUGCACUGCAACACAAUUGUUUUCAGUGAAGAAUGAGUUGUGCUUUGGCACUUGCCUUCUUUAAGAAUGCUGUGUAGGGUUCAGUGUGUUAUAGGAAGUCAGUGCAUUAUGGAAAUAGAUUACUGAACUAUGUUUCCUUUUACUGAUUGGAUGUACAUUGACCGUUUAUAGAAUUUGCCCAUUUUGGUCUGUAAUUUCUUCAUUUAAUUUUUCUGGUGAAAAGUAUUGAAUAUUUUUAAAUACAUUAUUCCCUCUGAAAUUACAGAAGCCUGACCACAUGUGAAGAAAGCAACUGCAUUAAAAAUGUAAAGCAUUGUGAGAGACUUAUUGGAUACAAAAUAAAAUAUUGUUAUCACCUGAUUUCAGAAUGUCACAAGAUACAUAAUUAAAUUUCUAGUAAGGUGCUUCGGUGGUAAAGAUUAGGUGGUAAAGAUAAAGAGAACAGAUAAAACAACAUGAAACUUUAUUAAUUUGUAAGUCAAUGAUACUAGUGAUGCUGUAACAAAGAAAUUAUGAUGCCUAUAAAAUUAUUAAAAAGUAUGUCUACAAAAUAACAAAUAAUGUUAGGAUUGAGUCUGUUCGUACAGGUGGUUUUAAACAAAUACACUAAAACACACAAUUAUAAAUAUUUUAAUAACAGCUGAAAUAAUAGCUAUUGUUUGAGUUUUACCAUACACCUCAGGCUUUAUGGUAGCCUUGCUUUGUGUAAUUUAAUUAAUAAUUAUUAAGAGUUUGAAAUUCAUUUUUUCACAUUAUUUUACAAAGCUCAUGAUGAAGUUUCUAUGGAAACAUUCUG